ACUUCAACCCACAGUCCAAGAAUAAAGCCUGGAAAAACUGCACAAAUUCCAAACAACACAAACCUACAAACAAGCGCCUCCAACAAGGCCCAAACAACUUCAGCCCCACCGGACACAUCUGCGGCCACCGCGCCGCAGGGAAAACCCAGCGGAAAGCUGAGAAUCAUGAUGAAGUUCAACUGUAACCUGUGCAAGGAGGACCUGAAGAGCACCACGCUAGCGGCCAGGCGGUCCCACCUUCUGACAAUGCACCAGAUAAGGAAAUCCGACGAGUCGUUCUUCACCGCCAGGGUCGUGCAGGAUUACGCAGACGAAGAUGCCAACGACGCGGAAACAAAGCGAAAAGUCGGCGUGAAACGGAAGCAAGUUAGUCCGGCGUCAUCAAAACAUUAUUCUUCUGACCGGCAGGACAAAGCUGUGAGACUGCACUGCCUCUUGUGUAGUGUGAAGCUGAACGAGUUCGCCGUCAUGAAAACCCACCUGCUGAAGAAGCAUCGGAUUACAGACUCCUACGAGUUCUAUUUCACGUCUGAGGACCUCACUGCCGACGGACGACACAACAUGACGACAGAGAAAAAAUUACGCAUGGAAUUAGAAGAGCGUCGAAGCAUGCCCAUCCGGACGCUGCUUUCCUCUUACUUCCCAACGCCAGGAGAAACACAGAAGACCGCACCAAGCGACUGUCAACCGUUUGUGACGUUCUCGGUUACUGCACCAAAUGCACCGGUGGAGAGUGGUGUUAGCCCAGUCCCUCUAGGUGUGGGGCCCAGUCUCCUCUCCCGACUACCCUCCAGGAUGACAUCGGAGUUCCGCAGCGCGUACCAGGUGUACCAGUGCACCCUGUGCUCCUCCCAGUACCGAUACUUUGCCUCCAUCCUGGAACACAUGCAGAGUCAGCACUGUUUGUCUUAUAAUGCUAUUUACCAACACAGAUGAACUUUCCUGCCAAAUCUUACAGUCUCCUGUU